AAAGGAAACAAGAAAAAACAUUACAACCAUGGAUAACGACGACACGUUACUCAACAAUCGUGGUCCUCAGCCUGGUGCUGAGACCGUCUAUGGCACCGAUGACAACAAUAUGGUCAUGUCUGAAAAGAACGAACAGGUUGUCAGCAUCGUGCAACAAUUGGCCGGAAGUAUUUAUCAAGAGUUUGAACGCAUGAUAAACUGUUACGAUGAAGAUGUGGUAAAGAAUCUAAUGCCAUUGUUGGUUAACGUGUUAGAAUGCCUGGAUGCAUCAUAUCGGAUAAAUCAAGAGCAGGAUGUUGAAUUAGAAUUGCUGAGGGAAGACAAUGAACAGCUGGUGACACAAUAUGAACGGGAGAAAAGUGCAAGGAAGCAGGCUGAACAAAAGCUGCUGGAAUCAGAAGAUUUGGCUGAACAGGAAAACAAAGAACUGGCAAGUCGCUUGGAGUCACUAGAAAGUAUAGUACGAAUGUUAGAAUUAAAGCAUAAAAAUAGUUUAGAACAUGCCAGCCGUCUGGAGGAACGUGAAUCCGAUUUAAAAAAGGAAUACAAUAAACUCCAUGAACGGUAUACCGAACUAUUUAAAAAUCAUGUAGAUUAUAUGGAACGUACCAAAAUGUUAAUGGGUUCAACCCAUUCUCAAAUGAGCUCAACAUCAGAACGUCUGGAAUUGAGUCGGGCAAGAUUAAAUCCAGUUGCAAGAUCAUCUGGUCCUGUAUCAUUCGGUUUCGCAUCAUUAGAAAAUUCCGCCAUGUUAGAUACCGAAACAAUUUGCAGUGUUGGCAGCAAUUCGGAUGAUUCCGGACCACCAUCAUUACAAAAUGAAUUUGAUAAUCUACAGACGGUAGAGAGGGCGGCUGAAACCGAUACAUUGCAGCAACAAAAUCAAGCCACCUCACCACAAAGUGAUAGUAGUCCCACAUUGCCAAAUAUACCAUCUAACGUUGGUCGUACGACUACGAAAAAGGAACAACGCUCUGCCAAUACCUUAUACCAAGAGCUGUCCUUUCAAGAUAAUGAAGAGAGCGAAGAUAACGAAAUUGUUACAGGGAGCUGGGUACAUCCUGGGGAAUAUGCUUCUUCAGCUAAUGACAACUACUUUGGCAUGGGCAAAGAGGUGGAGAAUCUCAUCAUGGAGAACAAUGAGCUCUUGGCUACUAAGAACGCUCUUAACAUUGUCAAAGAUGAUUUGAUAGCCCGAGUUGAUGAAUUAACCGGCGAAAUUGAAAUCUUACGUGAAGAAUUGAAUGCCAUGCAACAGUCAAGGAACAAAUUACGUACCAAAGUCCAAGAAUUGGAGGAAGAAUUGAAAAAGACCAAAGAACAGGUUAAGCAACAAUCCGACAAUGACCAAGACGAGAAUGAUGUGCCCUUGGCCCAACGUAAACGUUUUACACGUGUCGAAAUGGCCAUGGUACUCAUGGAACGUAACCAGUACAAGGAACGUUUAAUGGAACUGCAAGAGGCUGUGCGUCUAACCGAAAUUCUAAGGGCAUCACGUACCGUAGAUAAUUUAGAUAAGAAAUCAAAGCAAAGCAUUUGGAAGUAUUUUAGUAAUCUUUUUACCCCCUCUAAUCGCCCACCAGAACGUGUCAGCGAUGGCCAAGGGGGUGGACCUAUUUUUCGUUACUCAAGCCCAUCCCACUCCCAUGGAUCCCCCAGUCGAAAUAGCGACAGUCGCCUUGCCAUAACUGGCGGUCGCGAUGGUCCCCUACCACACCCGGCAAGCGCUGGCCUAGCCAAUGCUUUGCCCAACAAAGAUUACACCGAAGAGGGUACGUCGGAACGGGCCAGAGCCAGACGUCAUGAACAAUAUCGCCAGCUGCGAGCUCAUGUCCAAAAAGAAGAUGGCCGCUUACAUGCAUACGGCUGGAGUCUGCCAGUGAAUAAAACAGAAAAGGAACCCCAAACACGACAUUCUGGUGGUGUACCAGUGCCAGUCUAUUGCAAUCCCUUGGCCGAGGCAUCGCCGCACAUGAAAGUAUUUUGUGCAGCUGGUGUUAAUCUUAAUGGUGGUUUCUUCAAAAAUGGCCAGUGUAUUAUACCAAGUAAUUCACCGUUUGCUCCUCGUUCUACCGCAAAAAUUGCCGAAAUAACUAGUCCCUCCGCUGAACAUUCGGCUGAGGCAUUAGAUCGACAAAUUACUCGAGCCAGCCUUGAACAUUUAGAACCGGAGACACAACUGACUCCCUAUGUCUGGAUAUGUACCAGCACGCAUGCAGCCAGUACUGUAACGGUUGUCGAUGCCAAUCAAUCGGCAUCGGUGUUAGAUGUGUUCCCGGUGUGUGCCUCCCAUUUAUUGUGCAUUGCCUCUGUUCCCGGUGCCAUGGAAAAAGACUAUGCCUUAUUGGAAAAUUCCGAAGUCAUAAAGGCUGGCGAAAUGCUGGAGAGGCCAGGCGAUGGGCCCGAAGGUCUCGGCAAAGUAGAAUUUGUACGUGUUAAACCAAAAUCGGAUAAAAACAGUAAUACCAAAGAUUCGGCUGAACCUGUCCUGGAGGUGAAUGCCGAAACGCCAGUCGAGGAAAAGGCUAAAGAAGCUACAGAAAAAUCCAAUGAACAGAACGGUACGGCGGUACCCAUUGAACCCUUGGGCAAUGUUAAUGAAAUCAAAAUACGUCAACCCAUACCCGGUGCUCCACAACGUCUUCGCAAUGAAACAAAUAAUGCCGCCAGCACGAAUGGCGAUGCGCUCACUACGGUGAACGCCACCAGCAACAACAACAAUUCAUUAAGCCAACAGCUACCUUUCUCAAAACCAAAUAAUCCCAUAUUGGGAACAAAGGAUCGCCAGGAGGAUGCCAUGAGUUCGGUUGGUCCAACCAUGUGGAUGGGUGCCCAGGACGGUUGGUUGUAUGUGCACAGUUCUGUUGGCCGUUGGCAUGAAUGCUUGCAUAAAGUUCACUUGCCGGAUGCCGUCCUAGCGAUAGUUCAUGUUGAAUCACGGGUCGUGGUGGCCCUUGCAAAUGCACAAUUAGCCGUGUUCCGUCGCCAAACAGACGGCCAAUGGGAUCUGAAUAGUUAUCAUCUAGUUACGCUAGGUGACCGUAAUCAUUCGAUACGUUGCCUCUGUGUGGCUGGCGAACGCAUAUGGGCCGCUCAUCGCAAUAAGAUAUUUAUUGUCGAUCCGAUUUCAUUGAAUGUCAUCCAUUCGCUGGAUGCUCAUCCGCGCAAAGAGAGCCAAGUACGACAGAUGGCGGCAACAGGUGCUGGUGUGUGGGUAUCGAUAAGACUGGAUUCCACAUUACGCCUGUAUAAUACCUACACAUUUGAACACAAACAAGAUGUUGACAUUGAACCGUAUGUUUCAAAAAUGUUGGGUACUGGAAAAUUGGGUUUCUCCUUUGUACGCAUAACGGCCUUAAUGGUCUCGUGUAAUCGCCUCUGGAUAGGCACAAGUAAUGGCGUUAUUAUUUCUGUACCUUUGUCGGAGGGUCAAGGCGAUCCCAGUACUCAAUUGCCAACAUGCUGUAUGGCAAAUGCUCAAUUGUCCUUCCAUGGACAUCGGGAUGCAGUUAAGUUCUUUGUGUCCGUACCAUUGCGACAAAAUAACAGCGCUCAAUUACAAUUUACUAACAAACGGCCCGAUAUGUUGGUAAUGUGUGGCGGUGAAGGUUAUAUUGAUUUUCGCAUAAGACAAGAAAGAUCUAUAACUGAUGCUAGUGAUAAUGCUGCGCAUUUGAUAGUUUGGAAAGUUGAUUCAUGACAAUGAUAUGGAGAAGAGCAUUAAUUUGGAGCAGAAUCAGACAAUCGAAAAUCGCGGUGACAAAAGUUAUUUGAUUGUGUGGCAUGUUAGUCAACGUUAAAAU